CACACACACACACACACACACACACACACACACACACACACACACACACACACACACACACACACACACACACACACACACACACACACACACACACACACACACACACACACACACAGGCUGAAGAAAACUGAGGGAGCAGGAGAGACACAGAGAGAGAGAGGAUGGUCAGUGUGGCGGCUUGCAACACUGUCUAGAGCCUAGCCUUCUUUAAAAAAAAAAAUCUUAAUUAAAUUUGUGGACUCUGCAGCCAAAGGGAGGAGAGAAAGCCCUGUCCCUUCCCCCUUGCCUCAGCCACGGGAAGCACCCACACGGACUGAGCACAGGGCUAGGCCACAAGUCAUUAGUGCUCGGUGGGAGAGAACUGACAAAAGACUGGAGUGAGUGCUUAGAGUAGCUCCACUGACUUCUGAGGGGUGGAAAGGAGGCUUUUUUUGGAUUUCUACCUCAUCUGUGCUCUCUAAUUUUGGAGGGUCUGAAUCAGAGACUGGUCUAGCCACAACGACCGAUGAUAUUGCUACAGCCUAGCCCUCUGCAACAACAAACAAGGAAGAGAGGGCACUUCCUUGAGCUAAAGAUCAUUUUGAAGAGAGCCAGAGAGACUGGUUGAUGUAGUUAAACAGAGGGGGUAGAUGUAACCACAGCUGAGACGUGAUAGUGGUUUUCUGUGUGCCUUGAUGAUAUUGCCACACAGUGAGCUGUGAAACAGCAAGUUGUUUUGCUAAUGGUGACCUGGAAGAGCUCUUUGUCAACCAGAACGUUGUUGGUGCUCUGGGGAUGGCUGGUAAACCCGUCUCUUGCCUCGCUCUGUCUGUACCCUCACUCCCUCCGUGGCUGUAAGAGUGAUCUAGCAAAAACAAGACAUUGACAUUUUAUAUGAGUGUACUUCCCAAGGUAAGCAUACAAGGCUUUUGCAUUAUUUCUCUCUGAUGCCAGGAUAUAAGUAAUAUAUUCCAGAAUGGCAGCAGGACUAGGUCUCGACAUGAACACUAUCAGAAAGGCAAACGGCAUGACUGUUUUAUGAGGGGUGACCACUGCUUCCGUCUCCAUGUGCUAAGGACUAGCAAGGUUCUUUUUCAGCCAUUAUUCUUGCCAAAGAGAGAAGGGAGUGAGAGAGAAUUUGCCCUCUCUAAUCAUGUGCAAAGUGCUAGUGAAUGCGUAACUCGUUCAUAGACGCCAACUACCUUCAGCGACUAUUUGAAGAUAGUAUCUUCUGUUCCCUGGGAGUUUUUUUUAAAAGAGCUUCAACGCUCGUCCUGAACGUUAAAACGCAUCGCUUGCGGUAAAGGUUUUGGAAACAUGCUCAGAACACCUGUGUGUAAGCGUUAACUGGGGAGGAAGUAUUAUUUCGUCAACUGGAGGCGCACACAGCAUAUGGACGUGUGAGAAACUGCUAAUGUUAAGUGUAUCUUUUUUUAUUUGAAAGAUUCUUUUCUUGCUGAUAUGAAAGAUAAGGGGCAUAUCACAUGUUUCGCAAAAACCGCUUCGCGGUUGUGACGAUUAUUGACGUUUCUAAACGUUAAAACACAGUUUCUGAAUUGCAGUUCACACGCAGCCAACCGUGGGCGAAGCUAACCAGUAAAAACCCUACGGAUAAUAAGGGUUUUCGAGAGCUAGUGAAUGGGGUGUGUUUCGGUCCGUUGUUGAAAGUUUGUGUUUGAUUCAUUGUUUCCUGUGAAAGGUUCUGUUUCGUGGCUGAAGCGGUAACAAUUUGACCUCUAUAAUAUAAGACAGCCGUCGGAGGACAUGGGCCAAAGGAAGAAGAGUGAAUAACUGAAAAAGGAGAAAGAAAAACAGGGGCCAUUGGAAGCCACAGGCAAAACAAAAGUUUCUAAAGUGAAAGGCUUAACUAUUUCCGGAUCAUAGUGUAAGGGGAGGAGACACAACAGCUCUGUUGUUUUUUGGUGGGAGGACAAACAUUCUACACCAUUUAUACUGUUCUAUAAAUUAAAAGAGGGUGUGGGUAUUUUUCAGGCAGACUAUUUUAGUUUCCAACACACUUUAAGGACCAAAAAGCCAAACAAAUGAUUAAAUGAGAAGACAGAGAACCUUCAAAUAUUAAACUCUGAACAGAGGAGCACAAAAGAAAGUCAGAAAGUUUAGACGGCAGCUACCGAAAAGCUUUGGCUUGUCUCCCAUUCCUUCUGUGGUCUGCUAAUCAAACAAUGGCCAUGGUGAGUGGGGGCUGGGGAGAUCCCAACGGGGGCACCAACGGGCUGGGGGACAAGGGCUAUCUGAGGGGAGAGGAGGAGGACGGUUCGCCCCAGGCAGGGGGCAGUGACAUGGAGGCUGGGGACGAGGACAAGGCAUGUGUGGUGGACUGUGUGGUGUGUGGGGACAAGUCCAGUGGGAAGCACUACGGUGUGUUCACCUGCGAGGGCUGCAAGAGCUUCUUCAAGAGAAGCAUCCGGCGCAACCUCAACUAUACCUGCAGGUCAAAUCGAGAGUGCCAGAUCGACCAACAUCAUCGUAACCAGUGCCAGUACUGUCGCCUGGAGAAGUGCUUUCGUGUAGGAAUGCGCAAAGAAGUUCAGCGCGGACGUAUCCCCCCCUCACACUCCAGCCUCAGCCCCACGGGCACCCCAGUAGGUGGCGGUAGUGGCGUAGGAGGGGCUGAUUUCUACAACAACAAUGGUGGGCAGCCCGUGUCAGAGCUAAUCUCCCAGCUGCUGCGUGCCGAGCCCUACCCCAGCAGCCGCUACGGCCACCAGUACAACCAACAGGGCCAGGCCACCGGCGCAGGCGGGGCCGUCAUGGGCAUCGACAACAUCUGCGAGCUGGCAGCUAGGCUGCUCUUCAGCACCAUUGAGUGGGCCAGGAACAUCCCCUACUUCCCAGAGCUGCCUGUGUCAGAGCAGGUAGCUCUCCUCAGGUUGAGCUGGAGCGAGUUGUUCAUCCUGAACGCAGCCCAGUCCGCCCUGCCCCUCCACAUGGCCCCACUGCUGGCCGCUGCGGGUUUCCACUCCUCACCCAUGUCGGCCGAGCGGGUGGUAUCCUUCAUGGACCAGGUGAGGGUGUUCCAGAACCAAGUGGAAAAGCUGAGCCGGCUCCAGGUGGACUCUGCCGAGUACAGCUGUCUUAAGGCCAUCGUCCUCUUCUCGCCAGAUGCGUGUGGCCUGACAGACCCAGCCCAUGUGGAGUCUCUGCAGGAGAAGGCCCAGGUGGCUCUGACAGAGUACGAGCGGAUGCAGUACCCAGGUCAGCCCCAGCGCUUCGGCCGCCUGCUCCUCCGCCUGCCCGCCCUCCGCGCGGUGCCCGCCAACCUCAUCUCCCAGCUCUUCUUCAUGCGUCUGGUGGGCAAGACGCCCAUCGAGACUCUCAUCCGCGACAUGCAGCUCUCCGGAAGCUCUAUCAGCUGGCCCUACGUCCCUGGACAGUAACCCCGAAAUUAAGUCUCCGUCUGGGCAGUGACGACAAGGACCACAGGUUCCUCUGACUCAUCCAUCUGUGUGAUCAAAUGCUAGCACCAGCUGGGACAUCAUACAAGUUGCACUGCCUCCAUGAACUGAGCUCUCCAUACCAGCCUAUCGCCAGCUCGGUCUCUUGCCAGCACACUGGUGCCAACACACCUACUGUGCGCCAUUAUGGCAACCUGAGUCAGCUAUGCCCAUCCGCAUGCCACAGUGACUUACAUACACACACAUUAAUGUCCUGCCAAUAGAAGUCACUGUAACCACUGCCUCAUUUCCCACAUCUCAUUGCCUUUGGUGCAAAGACUUUCAACAUCAAACCAAGACAGAGAUCACUCUUGAUGAAAUUCUGGAGAAUUCUGGUAGAAAAGCUUUACAUAUGCAAAUAUAUGCAAAUAUAUGCAAACACAGAAGUGGUAGAGGAAAUGGAACUGGGACAAGACAUUUCACCCAAAUCUUCAUCGUCCACUGAAAUUUCACUCAAAAACGUAAUUGUCCUUAAAGCUAGAAUCCUUACUUGCUACAUCCAUUUUUGGACUUAUAAAUGAAUGAUAUAUACCCAUUUAUUAUUGAAGAAUAUAACUUAUAAAUAACCUAUAGUCUCAAACCAUCGUUUAAAGUACAUUGUUAAAUGUACCUACAGUAUCUCCAAGCCCAUUCCGCAGCUUUUUACCAAAACAGAGGCGGGGUGCCUGCUUUGUUAUCGUUUCAAUUAAGGAUUCUAGCUUUAAAGAGGUUAUAGAUAUGACAUUUGAACUACUUCCUCAGCCAGGCAGAUAAAGUGGAGAGACUUACAGAGGGACUCAAUGAAGGUUUCCAUGUACCACUCAUAGGGCUCUUACUUGUUGUACUGGGCAACUUUUCAAACUCCACAGUCACACAAAUAUUGAUCGAUACCUCACAAGACAGCAGAAUGCUAUGGACGGAUUUCUUCUAAAGGCAACCUCUCUGUCAUUGUACAGUUGUUCACCACAGACUGCCUUCUUUUCAACAACUGCCUUUUCAAUAUGAAUUCGGACACUGCAGUAUGAGUAGAUCAUUUAACUGGACAUAUUCUCUAAGAUUAACACAGUUUUUUUUUUUUUAAAUACGGACUGAUAUUUAAACUACACCUGCAGAUGAUGAAUGCAGCUGAUGUGAGUGACAGGCUGAUUGUUGAAACAAGGCUGUUCUCAAGUGACAAAAAAAAGUAUUUAAUCAAAAAGGUUGUGGCCAAAUGGUUUCCCUGUGACAUAUCACCCUGCUGAAAGUUUGUGGCCAAACGGUUCACCUAUGACCUGCUGGUAGUUGGUACUUUCAAAAUGCAGAGAAAUCGCAUCAAAACUCAUUUUAAGUGUUAAGAAGUGUAUAUACUGUACAUUUAGGGAACCAAAGGUUGUCCUGCUGCAUGUCACAAUUUAGUUAUUGAUCAGUGUUUCAUCUCUACGAAAUGGGUUUAGAAGGUAAAGUUAUUUUUUAAAAUGUUGAGUUCACAGUUUCUUUUUUAAAACAUGAACAUUUUCAUGUGAAAAUACCUCUACCAUUCCUCGAGAUGUGUCAAAAAGAUGCGAUUCUCCAUAGCGGUGAAAAUGACACUACACUGGUGCAGAACAAGAGGCUACCCCUGAGCCAAUUGUGUUGCCACCACAAAGCAAUGCGUUCCACUAGCUCAAUGCAGAACACUUAGGCAAUAUGGGAGUUUGUUGUCGUGGCUGUUUGGUGAUGUGACUGCUGCAGCCAAAAUGACAAGGUGAGUGUGUGGAUCGUUUCUUUCCUUAGUUGUGUCAGUUAUCGCCAUAAGAAUGUCAGUUAGAUGUGGGCAAUAUGUUUUGUACUCACAAGCUAAUAAGAGAUGGAAUUAGUGAUUUGUAUAUACACUAGAUGAGUUUUGGGGUGAUGUGUUGAAGCCACCGCGCCUCCAUCUUGGCACUCCCCCACCUUGUAAAAAAAUAUUUUGGAAGCUAUAGAAAUGCAUUUAUUAAUGUCUACGUUCGUUUUUGCCACAUUGAUUCCAUUUCUGACACCUUAAUUCAUGGUUUUAAAUUAUAUUAUGUGAGGUAAGCAAAAAUAAAAAAUGGAAAAAAUAUAUCAAUUUUUUUUUAGUAUAAUUCUUUGAGAUGACUAAUGUUACCAUCCCUACUAGAACAAACAAUACUUAACUAUAUGUAAUUUUGUGAUUGAAACAUGUAGAAUUCCAUUCAUUCCUAUGGAGGACUGCUCCUACUGAGGAGUACCAGUACAUAUGUAUAGGCUUUCAUCAAAGAAAAACUACUGUAAAUGUUGUUUUUGACAAAUGUCGGGAAAGAAUGUGUUGCAUGAUCACAUAGAAUAAUUUAGAAUAUUUAAUUACAAAAAAUAUGUUAAUUGUUAUUCUUCAUUAAAAACAUUAAAGAGAGAAUAGUAGACAGCACAAUAACGUGUAAAAAGGUAAUGCACACAUUUUGUAGAAUAGGUGAAAACAGCCUCCUCAUUUCAAUCUACCUAUUGUAAAUCAUUUCCCAAGAAAGAACCAUGACACUGUUGCAUCGUGCACCAGCGUGAGGCGACAUCAGACAAAGUUACAACUGUUCGUGCUCCUUACCUGUUGUCACCAUCAUACGAUAUUCCAUGAGAGCAUGAGUCGGUGCCUUUUGUCGAGCUGCUGGGAAAUACAAGGUAGUGUUUUAUCCUUGAUUUUACAGUAACAUGAGGUAUGCCCCCCUAGCGCAGUUUUCACUCACCCGCUUCAGGUCCUUUAGUCCGGUUGUAUUCAUCAGCCGCUGCCUGAGAUGUAGAGGAGAAUGAUAAAACAUACUACUACAAUCUUAGAAAAAAAGGUUCCAAAAGGCUUCUUUGGCCGUCCCCAUAGGAGAACCCUUUUUGGUUCCAGGUAGAACUCUUUUGGGUUCCAUGUAGAAGCCUCUGGGGUAAGGGUUCUACAUGGAAUCCAAUAGGGUUCUACCAGGAACCAAAAACUAGUUUUCAAAGGGUUGUCCUAUGGGGACAGCUGAAGAACAUUUUUAGGUUUUAGAUAGCACCUUUUUUUCCCAAGAGUUUACUCAAAAGGGUGUUAUUCAUAAAAGUUAGACAGUUUUUCCACAAUUGUAGAGGAAACAUCACACAAAUAAAUGUUCGAACUCAUAGGGCUGGUGACCGGGGAUUUUUAUUAUUUGCGUAUCAUUUAGCUGAUUCCUAAAGCUAAAGAGAAAGGUUAAAAUACCACCUGCUCCUUAGUAGUACAAAUUCUAGGUGAAAAUAUUGACUCCUUUUACUGUUUUUAUUUUUAUCAUCUAAUUUUUUACUCAAAAAGUAGUUACAAAUAUAUAUUUAAAGUAAGUCUGUGUGUAUGUGUGUGUGUGUGUGUGUGUUGUAACGGUGCUUGUUUCAAUGAAUCACUAAAAAGUGACUUUUCAUAUUUCUACACAAGUAUCAGAAUAGUGGACUGUAAGACAAAAAAGAACCAUAUUCUUUUUGGCCAAAAAUCUAAUAGCAGAUGCUUUUUCGUGCUCACCACACCUGGUACUUCAUCGUCCCAUCCUCCAGGAUGUCCAGCUCUCGGCUCAGUUUUUGCGCCUGGUCGCUGAUGUCAUCGAUCUCGGCACACAGGCUCUUGUCGCUCGCCAGGUAGAACUCUUUCAUAUUCUGUCUGCCUGUCUGAUGUUAUCUCAGGGUACUGAAGAGACACAUUACACAGGGAAAAAAAGAGACACAGGAAACGCCAUUUAGAUCAAUACUGCAAUUUUCUUGAAUGCUAUCUUGAAUGUAGAACACAAUGGCUUUCUGUCAUGCUUUCCCACUAGCAUGUAACAUUGCUGAAACAGCACACACAGCAGAUAUGAAAUGCUGUCUGUCUUGCUGUUUUAAUGUUUAAUCUAUAGCUCAAUCCCUUGUUCCAUCCAC